ACAAAAUGAUGGAGGAAAAUUUUGCAGAUUCUGAUCUUUCGUCGACUUUUGAACGUGCUGCAAGCUAUGUCAGGGCAAUCGGUGGACAGCUAGACAGUACAAAAUUGUUGUACUUUUAUGCCAGAUUCAAACAGUGCAAGGAAGGACCAUGUAAUACUCCCAAACCUGGUUUCUUUGACUUCCAAGGGAAACAGAAAUGGGACGCUUGGAAGAAGCUUGGGGACAAAAGCAAGACAGAUGCAAUGAAAGAAUACAUCACAGAACUCAGUAAUUACGACCCAAACUGGGAAAAUAUGAGUUCACAAACCUCAGGGCGAUCUAUGGCAGGGGGACUUGGCAUCGGUGUGAGUACCAUGUGUCCACCAGAGGAAAACGCCAUGAAAGACGAGGAUAAAACCAUAUUUGAUUGGUGCAUCGACGGGAAUUUAGCAGAGGUAGAGCGGGUAUUGACAUCAGGAAAACAGGCUGUGGACCAAAAAGAUACAGAGGGUCUCGCUCUAAUCCAUUGGGCUUGUGAUCGGGGACAUAAAGAAAUGGUCGAAUUAUUACUCAACAAAAAUGCAGAUGUUGACUUGAAGGAUACUGAAGGUCAGACACCUCUUCAUUAUGCUGCCUCCUGUGAACAUCCCGAAGUCGUGAAACUACUGCUGACGCGUGGCGCAAACAAAUUAAUCAAGGACACUGAGAAUCUUUUACCAGAGGAAACAACGACAAAUGAGGACAUUUUAAAAUUGUUCAAGACGACGGGAUAAUUAGAUGCAGCAAUCGGGAGCAAGUGGUACUUGUCAUGAUUUAGCUACCAUGACUCGGGCGGUCACAAGAAUAAGAUAAUUUUGCAUUUAUGAGCAAGAUUUGCUCAGAGUCAUUUUGAAGCUAACCAGAGACUUGCAACAUUUGUCCUUCAUCUAUCACUUGGCUAGGAAAACAUGUUUUUUGCAUCCAAACUUUCUGAAUUUGACUUAAGAACUCCUGCUGCAUAUCUUUUAGCGUGUUGGAUUAUUAGUGCAGCACUUGAGUUCUAUUCCUGUGGUCUCCUUAAUUCUGUUUAGGUGUAUUUUAUUGAUUGUGAGGUGGUUAUUACAUAAGUUGACAAUGAAUCUUGAUUUAGUUAUGGUACAUUUUGCUUCAGUUUUCAAGUCAUAAGUUUGUUAAGUGUUUUCGUUGUAGGAUACUUUCAGUAGUUGUGAUCUGAUAACAGAUUUUGUUGAGACCAAAUUUCAAUAAAAAGACUUAAAACGAACCAGCAUAAUAUCUGGGACCAUCAAUGUACUGAUUUCCAAACUAUUACUCGGAAAUGACUUUAUGAAUUGCAGCAUUAGAGUUAUGUAUUAUGAUCAUUCAGGCAUUGGCAGACCUUCAUUAUGGUGCACUAUGCUCAAUGCCUCUUGAGUCUUAAUUCCACACGAGAACUGUGUUGACAGUCCAAGACUGGAUUUGUUUGCAGAGGUGGGAGAUAUUCGGAUAGGUUGCAGCUAAUUCCACAGGUUGACCAUGGUUUGGAUCAAAUAUUCAAAUGUGGAGGAAACCUAAGAAAAAGAAACAAGUCAUUGAGCCAGUGGCAGGAUGAUAAGCGUCUUAUUGUAUGUUUUAUAGUGUGUGAGCCACCCUCGAAAGGGAAGCAAAUAUGAUGUUAUAAAAGGAUUUGUUUUAAAUGGAGUGAAUAUGUUGAGUUGUACUAUAUACUUGUAAGUGUUAUUAUUUAUCAUUUUGUGCCUGUUGGUGCACAAUGAAGGAGAAUAUUUAUAUGGAAA